ACUAGAGACCACUUGAGCCCUUUCCAGUUCUCAUGGCUUCUUGUGUCCAUACCUCCAUAGGUGAUCCAGAUGAACACAGACUCGUGAUGUAUAAGAUGGUGGUAAUGGGCACCUGUUAUGUGGGCAAGAGUGCAUUGACCAUUCAGUUUACUAAGAAUAAUUUUAUAACUCAAUAUGACCCCACAGUCCAAGAUUUUUACAGUAAGGACACAGUGGUAGAUGAAGAGCCGUGCCAGCUGGACAUCGUGGAUUCCACAGGCACUGAAAUAUUUUUCUCUCUGAGGGACCAGAAUGUGCGCUGGGGAGAGGGCUUCCUUGUUGUCUAUGGUGUGAGUGACCUCUACUCUUUUGAGAAUGUGACUAUCCUUUGGGACCAUGUGCGGAGUCUCAAGCACGCCAAUCGUGUACCCAUGGUGUUGGUGGCCAACAAAGUAGACGUGACCGACAGGCUGGUGGACCCCAGACAGGGCCAGGAGGUGGCCAGGAGCUUAGGGGUCCCUUAUGUGGAGACGUCAGCCAAGACUGGGGAAGGUGUGGAACAAGCCUUCCAUGAGCUGGUUGUUGAAAUUCGUAAGAUCCGAGCUGAGGAGGAACACAAGAAACUCGCUAAAGCUAAGUGGAGGAAGACCUGUGGGUGCAAGUGUUGCACAAUCCAGUGAGCAGGUACACCCUUACUCUGAUCCUGCCCCUUAAUUCCCCUCUCACCUGGCCCAGCCUUCCAGACCUUCAUCUGGACCCUUCUUUUUGCCUGCUCUUCACUGCCAAGUCCUUUUGACCCUUAUCAGGAUUUCUCCAGGGGCCUCUUGGAGGGACCCAUCUGCAUUUCUUCCGUAAGGACUUUUGGAUUUUUGUUUUUGUUUCCCCUUUUGGGCAGGAAUGACUACUUCACUGCCUGGGUAUUCUGACCAGGCAAGAAAAGACUCCAUUCCUCCUUGAGUGUGCAGCCUCCCCCCUGCCUCUCAGGCUGCCAGAGGCCCCAGAGACAGCCAGCUCCCUGGAUGCUUUCUGUCUAAUCUGGCCCUCAUCUUCUGCAGCCUCCUCUGUCUUCCUGGAGUCUGUGUGUGGGAUUUUCUUUAUUGGGCAUUCCCCUGCUCUCCCAAUAGAUACCCUGCCUCUGGAGACCAGGGCAAAAGUGAUUCUCCCUCCUGUCCCUGGGCUUUGUGUAUUUGCUGUCUGGAGCCAGAUCACCACCUGUUGUGGCCCAGAAGACCUUGUUUGUGGUUUUGGUGAGGAGCCCUGCUUUGAAGUGGUCCCCAUUCAGUGACGCUCAAGACCAGACUGUGGGAAUAUGUAUUUUGUUUUGUUUUGGUUUGAUUUUGCUUACUCACAUUGAGUAUGUGUCACCCCUUGUUCUCAAUUUGGUUUUCAUCUGGAGCACUGUGGAUAUUAGCGAGGGAUUGGGGUGGAAUGGAGCUGCCUCCUCCCAGCAGGAUGCCUUUAGACAUAAGUGCCAUUAAAAUUAUAAUUUCUGUUUUAGCAGCCAGAUAAAGUCCCUUUAGACAUUGCAAGUUGAAUUACUUUAAUUGCCUCCAAGAGAAGUGGAGUGGAGGGGCUUGGCUGUAAAUCUUCUGAGCAGAUACCUCACAGCUGCAGUUCAGGUGGGGGUCUGCUUAAGAACCUCUUGACAGGGGCAUCUUAGUAUUACCUCAGGAGUUCAGGUGAAAAGGGCAGUGGGUGAUUCUCUGAUUUCAGUUAAAAGUAUUAAGGAUGCUAAAGUUACUAGUUUGACUUUGGGGGUGGGGAGUGAGUAGGAAGAAGAUUUCA